AUGGAGAGAUCUGGACUCCCAGUAAGCACCUCAAACCGUGGAAGGGACCGCUUCCAGAUGCAAGGGGAGCAGAGGAACAGGCUCACCAGUCUAGCACCGCACCGGCUGCCCGAGACCAGGACGAGAAGCAGACGAGCAUCGCUGCUGUCUCCAGUCAGCUACCUGAUGGUCAAGCGCAGGGCACCGGGAUCGAAGGCAACACUGGUGAAUGCACGCACUCUGAACACUGACAUUACAUUUACUCUGAUGACAUUCACUAUUUUGACUUUGCUGAACAUCUGUCAUGCUGAAGUCUACUGGUCCAUCGUGCCCAAACCUCCUAUUUUGAGAAUGUUAACUUGGAUGGACAAGCCCCCUCUGGUAUAUGUUAACAACACGGACUGGCUACCACACCCUAUUCUAGCCAAACGUGUUCCUCUAGAGUCUGAAGGGGCUCUGUACAAUUAUUCAGGAUCUACUGUGUAUCCUCCAUUUUGUAUGUCUUUUAGAAAUUCGUUUAUUGGUAAUUCUUUCUGUGUACCACGCAGACAUCAAGCGUGGAUUGUCAAAAAUGCCACUGACAACAGUUAUGUAGGGGUUGGCAUGGGCGUGAUAGGAAUGGGAGAUGAGUUAGCACGUAAGACGUUCCAACCUAAACACCCUGCUAACAAGUACCUAUGUCCAAAUCAGAUAGGUACGGUACAAAAGGAGUUGCCAUGGACAGAUUGUUCUGUCCGAGUUCCCAGAAAGGUUAAGAUGCCGGAAGCCACAGACUUUAACAUCUACAAUUGGGCACCCAGGUUACGUUGUGGUCGCUCUGAACAACUGACACGGUUAGACAAAUACACUGACUAUGAGAAAUGGCACAUGCCAUGUCAGAAUUUUCAGAAAAUUGAGGACUUACUAGAAGUAGACAUGGCUGGUUCUAGACUUGCUAUUGAAGCAGGUCCAAUACAGAACACACAGUGGAAGAUAGUGGCUGCCACGCAGCCGAUAUACAAGUUUAAGGUCAAGGUGAAGAACUCAGGACUUGAUCUUGAGUAUGACAGUCACAUCAAUGUCACAGCAUGUGUUUUUGCUCCUUAUGUAAUGCUAGUAGGUAACAACCUUCGAAUUUUUAAAAAUGACCAAGGUCUAUAUGAGAUCAACUGCACAAAAUGUCGCCUACAUCAAUGCCUUAGUCCUAAACACCAAGAUUCAUAUGUUGCUAUCAUGUAUCAUCCACCUUUAAUGUGGGUACCUGUCAACUUGACAGAGACGUGGGCAUCUACGCCUACGGUGCACAUUGUUCAAAAGGCAUUUAACAUGGUUAUACAUAGGUCCAAGAGAAUGGUCUUUGCACUUGUAGGAGCCGUAGUCUCAGUAAUUGCCAUGAUCACAUCACUAACCACGGCAACAUUGGCAUUAACUUCCUCUAUCCAGAACCAUGAGUUCAUACAGGAAGUGGUGUCUAACUCUUCCAAAUUAUGGCACACUCAGCAGAGUAUUGACUUAGCUUACAGAGAUGAGCUGGACAGUUUAAAAGAUGCUGUGUUUUGGUUAGGUAAAGAGGUUGAAGCUUUACACACAAGAAUUACUUAUCCCUGUCAUUACAAUCAAACGGGUUAUUGUAUUACUCCGUUGCCAUAUGAUAAUGUGUCAUAUGAAUGGCAACUGGUCGUUCAGCACAUCAAGGGUGCUUGGGGAAGUCAUAACAGCACCUUGGACAUUAUUAAGUUGCAACAGCAGAUCAACAAAUUAGACCAAAUUGUAUAUGAGAAUGAAGCUGCAAAUAUAGCUGCAAAUUGGGAAGCAACUUUAUCUUCCCUAGAUCCCCAAAAUUGGUUUGGUAGAGCUAAUUUAACCAGCAUUGGUACUAUCAUUUUAUUCAUAUUAUUGGCUAUUGGUUUGAUUAUACUUUGCAGCAGAAGCUGUAAAAACAGAGCCUACAUUCGAGGCAUACUGCCAGAAUUGGCACGGUCUUAUCACACUAGGCAAUUGGUGCCUGAAAAUGUUGAAUUGAACACAACCGUUUUAUGA